AUGGACGUCUGCAUCACCGCCCAGGAGCCCUUCUCCUGUGAGGCCAUCGGCUCAAAGCCCUUUGAACCAGUGCAGACCUCCCAAAAGGCUGCCAACGACGCCUCCGCCUCCGCCUCGGCCCCUCUCCUCUUGGGAGCAAAGUCCUCCUCCUCCGCCUCCAAGCCCAAGGAGCUCAAAUUCGAGCUCAUCACCUACGAUCCCUCCAACGACAGCUCCCUCACUCACCCCUGGGACGUCGCCCAGGAGCCCGUCCGCCUCCCCGUCGGCUCGACAAAGAGCCAGCUCCUGAACCUGCUUCGCACUCAACUCCCGGUUCCCUCCGCCUCGGCCAAGAAGACGGGCACGUUUCGCCUCAGCCGCACCAUCCGCCGCCAGAAGCUCGCUGUCGCCACUUUGUUCCUGACGUUUGGCGGCGUGGUCGUUCCCCUGGGCCCCAAGGAGGAGGACUGGCACUACCGCAACGCCAUCACCAAGACGGACCUCCUCGAGCGCACCGAGGGGGAGUGGUACCUGAUCAAGGAGAUGAUUGCUUCGUCGAGUGGCUCGCUCAAGUGCUACAUCGUCAUCCGCGGUGAGGUGCCCUCGAACAGGAAGUCGUCUGGUUGGUGGUUCAACAACCGCUCCUGA